AUGGAGACCUCUGCUGAGCUGCUCUACCUAGAGAAGCUCGCCGAUAAGAAGGACACCUUCGGCUUCAAGGACGACCUGGAGCGCAACGAAUGCUUGCAAUGGGUCUUCUUCUGGCAUGGAAGUGGUGCUCCUUACCAGGGUCAAGUCACGCACUUUACCCGCAUGGCGCCUGAGAAACUGCCAUACGCCAUCAACCGCUUCAAGAACGAAGUGCUGCGAGUCUUCGGCGUCCUCGAGAUCCAGCUAAGCGGCAAGUACACCGGCGAAAAGAAGGAGUACCUCGCCGGAAAGGGCAAGGGCAAGUACUCCAUCGCCGACAUCAAGACCUGGCCGUGGGUCAAGGGUUGGGACCGAAGCUUCGAGCAGAGCGACAUGGACCAAUUCCCGCACCUUCUCGAGUGGAUCGCCAGGAUCAAGGAGAGGCCGGCUGUGCAGAGGGGUAUUGGCGAUGCUUACAUGAAGAACUGA